AUGGACGAAGGAUUUUAUUUAGAUGAUAAUUCCUCAUAUGAAUACCUUUAUGAAACCAACGUCUGUGAAAUGGGUGACUAUUUCAUAUUUAACAUCUAUCUCACUGCUGUCCUCUACAUUCUGGUAUUUUUCCUCAGUCUGCUAGGAAACGUUUUGGUGUUAUGGAUCCUACUGAAAUAUGAAAACCUUACAUCUUUAACAAACAUCUUCAUCAUGAAUCUCUGUAUCUCUGAUUUAGUCUUCUCCUGCAUGCUGCCUUUUUGGGUAGUGGACCAGUCCUUUGGAUGGAUUUUUGGUGAGUUCCUUUGCAAAGCAUCAAAUGCUAUUUUCUCCAUUGGCUACUACAGCGGUGUUUUCUUUUUGACUCUCAUGACUAUCUUGAGAUACUUGUUUGUGGUGAACCCACUUUCAACUCUGAGAUCCCAGACGUGGUGCUGUGGUGCUCUCGUGUCCUUGGCUGUUUGGACUGUUAGCAUCUUAAUUGUGGUUCCUGAGGUGAUUCACACCACAGUGCAAGAAGACUUGGAACAGCACAGGUACUGUGAUUAUGCCAAUGGGAAUUGGAAAAAGGUGGACAUUUACAUGAGAAAUGUACUCUUCCUGUUUUCCUUUGGAGUCAUUGUAUUCUCCUACUUCAAGAUACUCAUAAUCCUGCUUAGAGCAAGAUCUCGCAGAAAGCACAGAACUGUGAGACUCAUCCUCAUUAUUGUGGUGGCUUUUUUCCUGUGCUGGGCACCCUACAACAUCCUCAGCUUCCUGACUACUUUUCCACCACCUACCUGUCAGUAUGUGAAAGACUCCAACCUUGCCUUUCACAUCAGCCGUCAAAUUGCUUUCUCCCACUGCUGCCUCAACCCUGUGCUCUAUGUAUUUGUUGGAGUCAAGUUCAAGAGGCAUUUGGCACGGUUAUGCAGUCUGUGUUUACACUGCAGCAAUGGUCAAGCCUCCAGCCUCAGGAUCUGCCAAGAAGGCAAAUUCCAGCAUGAAGGGACAUCCCUCUAUUGAAGCAAGACCUAACUAUUAGGACUAAUCCUGAAUGAACUUUCAGAUUUUGCAUGCUAUCGAUAGCCUCUAACUCUUAGAGGCACUUCCCUGAAAAGACACACAAAUUUAUUCUUUGCAAACAUGCUGUGUAUGGAAAAUAACAAAAUGUAUUUGCAGUGGGAUGAAGAGAUGAGAAUGCCAAGAAAUUACUUUACAUAUUACUUAAAUUGUCUGAAAAUCUUAAGUUCACAAUUUUUUGAACAGUGAGAUGGGUUUUCUCUCACUUAUACUCUCUUUUGAAAAGAAAGCAAUUGUUUUUUCCCUUGGGCAUUAAAACAUGGGUUUUAACAUAAAAGCUGUUGAAUAUCUCUUUCUUACCUGACUUAAAAUACUUGGAUUGUAUGUAGCAUUAGACACAUAGGUAUUUUUUGUAAAUUUUAAUGCCUUUCGAUGUUUAUAAUUUUACUCAUUGGUCUUUUUAUUUUGUGGGGAGAAAUGUCUCUGAAUUAACUGUUCUGACAAUAGCUGCAAGACCUUAGUUUCUGAAGUUCUCAGGGCAAAUGUUAUUUUAUCUUUUGAUAGAUACAUAUAUAUAAAACUAGCUUUGUGUAAAAGUAGUCUUUUGGGUCUGAAAUUGAUAACUUUAGGAGAGCCCUUGAAGGAACACAGAUGCUGAGCAGAUACUUCACUAGGAUAUCAGUUUUCCUUCUGUUACUGCUCUUUGCCACAGGAUUCUUCCAGUCUUUGAAUAUGGUUUCAGAUGAUUGCAGCAAAUCAACAGCUCAUCUUCUGAGCAGAGCAGGAGCAUAUUUGCCUCUAAUUGCUCUUUACCUCCUUUUCUCCCUUUCCCAUGGUGCUGAGAACACUUGAACUUAUAAAAAGGUUAUAGUGCAAGAACAAAUGGCUUUUUAAAUAGCAGGAUAAAAAUGGUUUGCUUUAUUUGUAAAAUUGAUUUUUGGGGUUUUCUUUAAGAUAAACUGAUACCCUUCAUUCUAGCUCAAUAGAUAUUUUUAACCCCAGGCAGUGUAACAUAUAGUACAUACUCCAGUGUAGCUGAAUGACAAAGUCCCUGCAAAGAAAAAUAUUUAAUUUCCCAGCAUUUAUAUAGAAAGCCAAAGUAGUUUUGCAGUGGCACCAAGCAAUGGUUUAGCAGUGGUUCUAAGCCAAAAUUUGGCUUUUCAGGCAUCUGUCGUAAAAUGUCUAUGCUGUUUCUACACUAUUUCAUUUGACCUCUAAAGAUUAUCUGGAGCAGACAACAGAUUCUUCACAGCUGCUGUGUAGUUUACAAAAAGGAGAAACUCAGAUAGGCCCAUAAUACAAUAUCCUAUUUCUGAUUAUACCCAGAAGCAAGAAUACCUAAGGAAAAGCAUAAGAAUGAGGUGAAUAUAUAUGACAUAGACCAAUACAGUCUUCCUAGGGCUUGUCCAUAGUUUCUAGUUUGUGCUUUGGUUUAGUUGCCAGAACAAAGUGUUUGUAUCAUGUCCCUGAUCAUCAGAUGCACCUUUCUGAACAGAUCACUCCUGGUAUCUCACUUACUACAGUAACUGCGUACAAUGUAAAAAAUUAAAAAGGGGACUCAUUAAUUCUACAGGGUUCCAAUGCACUUGUGUUCAGACAAACCAUGGAAAGAUAGAAGUUGUCAUUUUUUCUGGCUGUGGUGGAGACCAGCAUUUGGCUAUUGCUUCCUGACAAAAAAUUAAUUUGAAUUUCAUUUGAAAUGAAUGUGGCUUCAAGAGACUUUGGGCUGGGGACUGAAUACCAUCAAUUAUUGAAGAGAUAAAUUAUUGAAGGAAAAAUUAGUCCAAUUUCUUCUAUUCUGGUAAGCCAGGACCACGUCAUUGGUACCAGCAAAUCUCCACAUGAGGAAAAUACUGUGACCAUGAGUACCAAGAAGGUCUCAUGCACCUACAUAAUUUCAACAAGCUGUCGUUCAACUCAUUGUCCUGGAGCCACAUGAAUGUGAGAUAUUUACUUUUCAUAUAUUUUACAUCUGUCUAAAACAAAGUUGAGAAUUAUAAUAGAAGGACAAAAUCUGAACUGAUCCUGCUCUGCCCAGUUUUUAGCAAAUUAUUUAAAUCUGCUUGUAACUUCAGCAUAUUUUGUAAUUUUUUAAUAUAUAUUACAGUGUAUCUGAGUAUGUAAAAAGAAUUCUUGAUAUUACCCAACUGUAUUGCUGACAUAACAAAGUAACUCAGAAUGUAGAU